AUGGUGAAAUUCAAAGCACAGUCGAAGAAGGCCCAAAAACGCGGAGUGGAUUUCAAAAAAAUUAAGCGGAAAAUCGGCAGGAAAUUGCCGCCCCCAAAGAAUGCCACAAACACUGAAAUAAAAUCUAAAGCGAUAGUGCUUCCGGAACAAAGUAUAGUGUCUGAAAAAGCUGGGUUAGCUGUCAGCAGAAAGGGACUGACACUAAAGGAGCUUCUUCAGCAGACUAGCCAUCACAAUGGGAAAGUCCGAAAAGAUGCAUUGCUAGGUAUGAAAGAUAUACUGCUUAACCACCCAGUUGAGCUGAAGUUGCAUAAACUUUCUGUCAUAGAAAAACUGCGCGAACGCAUUGGUGAUGAUGAUAAAGUGGUUCGUGAAACACUUUAUCAACUUUUUAAGUCAGUAAUUUUCCCUGGAUGUGGAAAAGAUAAUCAAGGACCAUUAGUUUCCUUGAUGAUGGUGUAUAUUUUUAAUGCUAUGACCCAUUUAGCAAUAGAUGUUCGCUUGAUGGCUUUCAAGUUUUUCGACCUUAUCGUGCAGUUUUACCCCUCUUCAUUUUUCUUAUAUGCUGAAAAGAUUCUCCAAAACUAUGAAGAUAUAUUACGGAAGAACCAAUUUGUAGAGGAUAAGAGUAAAUUGAAGAGCAUUCUCGCAGGAUUGAUUCGCUGCUUGUCGUUGUUGCCUUGUAAUCAGAGAGACGAGGCUGCUGUUGAAAAUGAUAUUCCAGCCCAUGACAUUCUUCACGCUUUUGAGUCUGACGUUUCCAGAGAAUCUGUUGGGCUUAUUGAAAUUGUCAAGCCAUUGAAAGCUCUUUUGCCCAUUCUAGUUGGCUGUUUCCAGGAUUUCAUUCCAUUGCUGCAAAGCAGCUACCAACUAGAUCUGCAGUCCUUUGAUUGUUUGCAAAUUAUACUUCAGAGCGUUGAUCUCAUGGUCAGGUUUUUGGCCGUUGGGAUUUGCAAAAGUAAACCUGAUCUGCAAAUUCCUCUGCCAUUUCAGAAGACGGUUAUGAACACAUGUCAUCAGUUGAUAUCACCAUUGAUGUUAAAGAAGUUAUGGGAUGUUUUUCCCCUCAGCCUAGUUCACCAUCUCUCAGGAAAGGAUGAUGAUCGAAUCUUUGUGUUAAAUACUCUUAUUACCAGAAUAUUUUUGCAGUUGAGUAAUUGGGACCAUGCACCAUAUGCUUUGUUUGAAAAGUUUAUGGAGUUCAUCGAAACUUCACUAGCUACAAAGGCCUUCACCGAGGUUUUCAAGAACUCCAGCCCAGAAUCUGGAAUGAAAGUAGCUUGCCUUUCUGCAGUUGAAGAAAUGCUUGCCCCUGAAAGGAGCUUGCUUUACCUUGACGCAGAUGAUCCAACCUUGUUCGACUAUCAGAUUGCUUGGAUACAGUAUCUCCCUUCACUGCUAAUUUUGUUGGAUGAUAAAAGCCCAUCAUGUUCAAAGGCUGUGUUACGUCUUCAACUACGCAUUCUACAAGGUGCUCCGGUUAACUCCCCAUUCUCUCAGGAAUUUGACACUAUGCAGUAUAGUUUUAAAAACUUCUUCAGCCAGCGAAUUGAGAAUGACAUAAGUUAUGGUCCCUUCAUGAGGCUAGCGGCAGAUAUUCAGGAGCUUGCGAUAUGUUGCCUUUAUUAUUUAUCUUUCAUGGAUUCACAGCUUUUGCAGUCACUAGUCUCAUGUUGCUUAUGUGAUAAUGUUGAUAGAAACUUGGUUGUGCGUAUCAUAGAAGUUCUUCAUUCGGCUUUUAGAGCUGGACAUAUCCAAGUUGCGGACUAUAUAAGUUUCCAUGUUACAUUACUCGCGCGGUUCCAAGUCUGUCCGGAAAAAGGCCCCCCUGCUGUGAAGGAUAAUCAGAAGCCAAAUUGGAAAGCAUAUAAAUCUAUUACUUGCAUUGUCUGCUCAUGUUUGUCGCAGAUUGGAGAUGAUUGUCUUAUUUUCCAGAUGAUGGAGAAGAUAAUUGUUGAUCAGCUAUGUGGUCAAACACCGUUGGACAACAAAUGUGCUUUCCUCAGAUUGCUCACCACUCUAGGCUCGAAAAAAGCUUCACUUUCUGAUCAGAGUAUUGUCAGUAUAAGUUAUGUCCUUGCACAAUACUUGACUGAUGUUGCUUCAAAUAUGGGGGAAGGUGUUCAAGAGCCAACCGCAGUUAUGAGCGUAAAAAUAAUACGCUACUACUUACUACCUGUCUUUUACCUGUUUUAUGGGAGUAAAAGAUUAUUGAGUCGUGUCUUAAAUUUGAUGGGAUUUUGGAUUUCUAAGUCCAGUUCAUCAGGUGGGUCCCACCAUCAUAUUCAUCCUUCGGGCGAUCGUUCAUCUGUGAUAUGUGCAAUUGGUUCUGUACUCUCUCACAUGUAUAAAGAUGUCAAGAUCAGACCAAUUCUAUUGUCGUGCAAGAUUGAGAUGGAGACUAUGGUGCAGAAUUUGCUCAAUUUGCUGACUUCUGAAGAAACAAAUUUGACUUUGGAGGAAAGGCACAAAAUCCAGACAACCUAUGAUCAAUUGAAAGCUAUGUCCAACAAUGACGUGAUUUAA